AUGAACCAUCAGAUCCCUCCCUCGGGGCCAGCGGAGCUCGCGGUGGACCCCGAAUACCUCCUUAAGGUGAACGCUUUCAUUCGCCAGCGCCGCCUCGAGCUUCUCGGCCCCGACAACAUCGCGCCCGUCUCCGCCGUGCAGGUCGCUCCGCCGCGCCACCCCCCUAUCCAACCGCACCAGCACCCUAUCCAACCGCACCAAACCCCUAUCCAACCGCAAAUAGAACCCCAACACACUGCGCUGGUUGGCCCCGCCAGCAUCGCGCCCGUCUCCGGCGCGCAGGUAGCUCCGCCGCCCCAUCCAAACCCUGCCGCUUUAGCCGCCAGCGAUCCAUCUGCUCCGCGAUUCGCUCAGCCCGCUACAGUCGGCUUCGGGAAUGCCGCGGCUGAUGGCGCGUUGUCCGCCGUUGGAUCGUCAACGAGGCCGGCGAUCAACGGUGCGCCGGCGGAUGGGCUAGAAGAUGGCAAUAUGAGGGCCAACGGCGGGACGAGCCUCCCUGCUGCUGCAGCAGUACCGUCAGUGACGACUGCUGCAGUACCGGCAGCCACAGCCCCUUCAGUGGCAGCUGCUGCAGUACCCACACACACAGCCCCUUCAGCUGCUGCUGCUGCUGCUGCUGCUGUUGUUCCUGCUGCCGCAGCGGUUGCGGCUGCAGCUGCUGUUACAUCGAGCGUUGUUUCUCAACCCGUCAUCAAUGCUGCUGCCACUCCUCCGACUCCCAUUGCACCGCCUCCGACCCAUCCCUCCGCGAGUGCUCACUCCGCUGCCACGUCAGCAACGACUGCUGCUCCCGUCGUGACAGCUGUCCCUACUGCCGGCGCGGACGCAGCAGCUGCGGGAUCGUCUGUUGCCACGGAACCCACUUCUGCUCCGGAUCUCAAUGCUGCUGCUACCGCCGUCCGUGUCCCUGCGCCGUCCCUGCAUGCUACUGCUGGCGUUGCUGCUGCGCCUGGCGCUGCUGUUGCGCCUAGCGCUGUUGCUGCGCCUGGCGCUGCUGUUGCGCCUAGCGCUGCUGCUGCGCGCGCCACAGCGAGUCCUGAGGCGGGGCAACCCGCUCAUGCUGGCGCAGCGAUGGCUGGCGCGCUGCUGCAGCAGCAGCAGGGGCGACAGGCGGAGGGAGACGCUGGCGCGCGCAGGCAGGGGAGCGCGCAUGGAGGCCCGCAGGGCGAUAGAAAGGCGGGUGCUUCUAACGGGAGUGUCUCUAAAGGGGGAGGUGAGGGGGGAGAGGGUGAGGAGGAUGAGGGGAGUGGUGAUGGGGAUGGCGGGGGAAGGCGAGGAGGUGGGCGGAGGGGUGGGGGAGGGAGCGGGGGAGGAAGAGGGGGCGGAGGUAACAGAAGGGGAGGGGGAGGGGGAGGGGGAGGGGCGGGGGGUUCUUCGUCUGGGGGAGGGCGGGGAGGGGGAAGCAGGGGGUACGGGGGAAGGGGAGGAGGGGGUGGAGGAGGCGGAAGGGGAGGCGGGUGGAGGGGGGGAGGGGGGAGAAGGGGGGGAGGGAGUAGGUCGGCGGAUGGGGGAACGGCCCCUGGGGCGUCGGGGGAAGAGGCGGAGGGGUGGGAAGAGUAUGCGGGGGACGGGGAGGAGGAUGGAGGGGAGUGGAUGGCUGGGGAGGAGGUUGUGGGGGAGGGGGAAGGAGACGGGGAGGGGGAAGGGGAGGAGGAGCAGAGGGGUGGGGGCAUUGAUGAGCGGGAGGAGGAGGGGGGGGAGGAAGAGGAGAGAGGGAGAGAGGAGAGGGGGCAUGAGCAGGCGAAUACUGAGAGAAUGACUUUGGGAAACGGUUUAGGGGACGGGAGAGGGGGUUUAGAAGGGGGAGAGGGGGGAGAAGGGGGAGAAGGGGGAGACGGGGGAGAAGGGGGAGAAGGGGGAGACGGGGGAGAAGGGGGAGAAGGGGGAGAAGGGGGAGACGGGGGAGAAGGGGGAGACGGGGGAGAGCGGGGAGAGGGGCAAGAGUUGCGAGAGGGGGUGGUAAAGAGGGAGGAAGCGGCGGAGCAAGGGCAGGUGAUGGAGGAGGGGAGGGGAGGGGGGGACGUGGAAGAGGAGGGGGAGAGGCUAGGAGAUGAGAGGGUGGCAGACGGAGCAUUGGAAGGGACCGAGAUUGCAGGAGAGGGAGGUUCAGGCGGAGGUGAAGCAGGAGAGUGUGCUGCAGAUGAAGCGAGCGCGGAUGGGGAGUGUGGCGCGAAGGAGGAGAAUUCUGGGCCGACUCAAGAGUCGCCUGGUGCUGCGUGUACGGAUGGGGGGUGUGGGAGUGGGACGGAGGAGGAGAAGGGCGAGGGGGUGGAGCGUGAGGAGGGGGAGGAAAGAGGCGGUGGAGAGGAGAUAGCAGCCGAGGCGGGGAGUGGGGAGAAGGAGAGGGAGAACGUGGAGGAGAGAGAAGGAGAGGAGCGGGGAAGAGAAGUGAGUGAAAAUUUGGAGAGGGGUGUCGAAAGGGAGAGGGAGGAGGAAGGGGAACGGCAGCAGGAAGGAGAAAAGGAGCAGGAAGGAGUGCCGGAAAAGGAACAGCAAGGGGAGGGGGAAGGGGAGAAUGGAGAGGAGCAGGAGAGGGUGGAGGAUGAUAGGCAGGAUGUGAGUGGGUCAGGAAAACCACCAGUUGAAACGAGUCGAUUGACAGAUGCUGCCUCGUGCUCUCCCUCUGCUCCUUCUCUCCCGGAGACCGCGGCAGAUGCCUCUCCGACUCCUGCUGUUGCCUCCGCUCCUGUGGCUAUAGCUGCUGGGAGUGCUGCGGCGAUUCCCGCAGCGAGUGCGGAUACAGAGGGGAUUCGUGGCAUUGCAGAUGGGUACGGUGCAGUGGGUGGCGGCAGGGAGUGCACCCCGCUGGUGGCAGAGGCAAGUGAGGAGCAGCAAUCUCACACAUUGCCAGCGAACACGCUGCACACACAGUCACAGACAGAGACAUGCGAGCAAGCGGCAGGCUGCCUUGUCCCCACCGCCCCAGAGUCGCCUUCCCUCCUCCCAGCCUCACCAGCAGCUGCUGCCGCCUCUCCUCUCCCUACUACAGCCUCUCUCUCCUCAGCCACCCCUCCCUCCGCCACACCUCCUCACCCCUCUUCUUCUCCUCUCCCCGCUUUUCCAUACUCCCUUGCUCCUGCAACCCUCCCCUCUGAGAAUUCCUCUCCCCAGCCAACCCCCGCCCCUUCAGAGGCGUCCCCCCAGCCAGUCCUUUCCCCCGCUGCAAGCACAGCACCUGGCACCCCAGCCGCCCCUGCACUGCCAGAAUCAUCAUCAUCAGCAGCAACAGCUGAUUCCCCCCAUGGGGUUCCAGACGCAGAGAAGGGCAUUCUUGGCAAAGGCUACGGACCCCCUCUCACCCUGCCCAUGCCCAUACCUCUGCCCAUGCCUAUGCCUCUGCCUGUGCCUCUGCCCGUUCCCCCUGGUGUUAGCGCCAUGCAGUGCGCGCCUGGGGGCUGGGCUGGUGUUGCUGCUGAUGCUGCAUGGCAUGCCAUGCCUGGUGGCAUGCCCGCGCACGGAGGGGGUCCAAUGGCCGUGCCGGGAGGGGUGCCCAUGCCUAUGCCUCCUGUGCAUGGGGAAAUGUACAUGCCCAUGCAUGCCGCUUGUGCUGCAGGCGUGGGCGCAGGCAUGGGCGCAGGCAUGGGAACAGGUAUGGAGAUGGGUAUUGGGAUUGGUAGGGAACCGUGCAUGGGUAUGGGCAUGGGCACAGACAUUGGGUCAGGUAUGGGUAUGGAAGCAGGGUCGUCUGGUUGGGGCAGGGAUGUGAGGGCAUGGCAGGGGCAGGGGGCAAUGGAGGCCACUGGCUAUGUAGCUGAGAAGGAGUGGGGGAUGAGUGGAGAGGCGGGCAGAGCGGAGAGUGUGGGUAUGGGGAAGGGAGGGGAGGAGGAAGGAGAUGGAUGGGUGGGGCCGACGAUGGUGGGUGCUGAGGGUGGGACAGGUUGUGGUGUGGUUGGGAAAGGAGGCAGAGGAGGAGGAGGCGGAGGAGGUGGGGGAGUAGGAGCAGAGGGAGGAGGUAACAGUGGUAAGAGAGGAGGGAGAGGAUCAGGAGGAGCAGGGUCAGCCACGUGUGCAGCACCUGUCCACGUGUACUCCUUUGAGCAGCUCAAGCAGAUCGGGCUGCAAUCCGUCCAGUACCAGCGUGACACGUGGCGCACCAUGAAUGGCAGCACGCAGCUGGCUGUGGAGGAGCUCAUGAGGGACGUGAGGCUAGUGUUGGUAGUGCUGGCUGGCAAGCUGGUUCGUUUUGACACGUCUCAACUCAAAACAGACUUCUCCAUUCCACACCCCCGGGAUGACCUCGAGUACCUGCGCCGCGUCAGGUGGGAGCGGGAGCGACUUUUGAGGCGACUCCAAAGUCAACUCUUUCCUCGCCUCCUCUCGAAUCCCUUCCCCUCUUCUCUGGUCCGCCCUGUGCAGGUGGGAGCGGGAGCGUGUGAGUGUUGCAUGUGCCUGCCUGUCCCCGCCCUGUUGCUGCCGUCCCAUGAGUGGCGGCAGUACGUGCAAGCCGCCUUUGGAUACCUGAGACAGGUGAGUGUUGCAUGUGCCUGCCUGUCCCCGCCCUGUUGCUGCCCUCCCCUGAGUGGCGGCAGUGAGUGUUGCAUGUGCCUGCCUGUCCCCGCCCUGUUGCUGCCGUCCCAUGAGUGGCGGCAGUACGUGCAAGCCGCCUUUGGAUACCUGAGACAGGUGAGUGUUGCAUGUGCCUGCCUGUCCCCGCCCUGUUGCUGCCGUCCCAUGAGUGGCGGCAGUGAGUGUUGCAUGUGCCUGCCUGUCCCCGCCCUGUUGCUGCCGUCCCAUGAGUGGCGGCAGUACGUGCAAGCCGCCUUUGGAUACCUGAGACAGGUGAGUGUUGCAUGUGCCUGCCUGUCCCCGCCCUGUUGCUGCCGUCCCAUGAGUGGCGGCAGUGAGUGUUGCAUGUGCCUGCCUGUCCCCGCCCUGUUGCUGCCGUCCCAUGAGUGGCGGCAGUACGUGCAAGCCGCCUUUGGAUACCUGAGACAGGUGAGUGUUGCAUGUGCCUGCCUGUCCCCGCCCUGUUGCUGCCCUCCCCUGAGUGGCGGCAGUGAGUGUUGCAUGUGCCUGCCUGUCCCCGCCCUGUUGCUGCCGUCCCAUGAGUGGCGGCAGUACGUGCAAGCCGCCUUUGGAUACCUGAGACAGGUGAGUGUUGCAUGUGCCUGCCUGUCCCCGCCCUGUUGCUGCCGUCCCCUGAGUGGCGGCAGUGAGUGUUGCAUGUGCCUGCCUGUCCCCGCCCUGUUGCUGCCCUCCCCUGAGUGGCGGCAGUACGUGCAAGCCGCCUUUGGAUACCUGAGACAGGUGGGUGCCUUUCUGCUGCGCCAGCUAGAUGUUUCCCUGCCGCCCGAGGUGGGUGCUGCUGUGCAUGGCAUGGUGCCAGGUGGGUGGGUGCUGUUGUGCAUGGCAUGGUGCCAGAGCCUUGAAGGCGUUGACGAAUCACGAGUCGCCACGUGUCACGGCAUGCCCAUCCCAUCCCACCGCGACCUGCACGCGUGGCACUCCUACUGCUUCGGCCGUGCACUGCCUUGUGAAAAAGGGGAGGGGGGCGAAGGGGCAGUGCGGGGAGGGGGUGUCAAACUGAAGGCGAAGAGGAGAUCGGGAAGGAAGGCGGGUGGUAAGGGUGAGGGAGAGGAUUGCAGAGAGGUGAACCAAGGGGAGGGAAGCGAGAGAGGAGAGAGUGAGGGUGGAGAGAGUGACGAGGAGGGAAGCAGAGAAGGGGAAGGGGAUGUGGAUGGGGAUGAUGAGGAGAAGGAUUUGAUUGGAGAGGAGGAGGGGGGUGCGUGGGAGGAGGACGUGGAUGGGGAGAGAGGGGGGGAUGAGGGAGUGGAGGAGGUUGGGGGUGGAGGAAGGGAGGAGGAGGUGGGUGGUGAAAGAGGAGAGGAUGAAGCGAAGGGUGAAAAGGGAGAGGAAGAAAAGGAGGAUGGUGGGGAGGGGAAGACGAAGGAGGGGGGUGAGGUUUGUUGUGGUUCGGAAGCAGAGGGUGGAGGGAUGGAGGAUGGAGGGAAGAGGGAGAUCGAGUGUGUGGAGAAAGAUUUAGGAGGAGAGGAGAGAGGUGAGGGAGGGGAGGCAUGUGAAGCAGGAGCUUAUGGGAAGGUGGAAGGCGGGAGUUUGAGAGAGGAGGCGGAAGGUGAUGCCAGUGCGAGCGUGCAUGACAUGGUAAAGCAGCAGCAAGGAGAGGGACGAGGGGAAGGAGAGGCGCCCAGGGGCCUGGCGCUGCUGCUGCCGUGUGUGACUGCACAAGCGCAGAGCAAGGCACCCUCAGAAGGAAUCUCAAGAGGGCUCACAGAAGGGCUGCUGGAAAAGCUGUCAGAUCAGCUGCCGGAGGGGCUUUCGGUAAAGGGGCUUUCUGUGACGGACCCUCAAGGCGUUGCAGGGGGGACGGAGGAGGAGAGGGUGGUUGCACAAGGGGAGACGGCAGGUGAUGGUGUGGCAGGGGAUGAUGUGGCAGGGAAUGAUGUGGCAGGGGAUGGUGUGGCAGGGGAUGGUGUGGCAGGGGAUGUGAUGGAAAGGGGCGAUGGAGGUGUGGGUUGUGAUGGAUUGGAGGCAAAUACGGAGCUCGGUGCUACAGAUGUUGUUGCUACAGAUGUUGUUGCUACAGAUGUUGUUGCCAUGGAUGCUGCUGCUACACCAACAGCAACUGCUGAGGAUAACAGUUUGACUGACGGCGGUUAUGAUGUAGAUGCUGAUUUGGAUGCCAACGCUGAUGUGGACACGGAAGAUGAUGCUGAGGUGGACGCUGACGUGGAAGCAGCACUGGAUGAGAUGAUCAACUACUCGGGAUCCCUGCCUCUGUGGGUACCAGAUAAUGACGAAAGCAGCAACCCUGGUCUUGAUCCAUUUGAAGACUAUACUGAGCAACCAUCCAUGCCCGUGCCAUGGCCGUCAGAUGCUGACGUGGCAGCCAUGGAGUGCGUGCUCCCGGGCCGGGCCAAUCAGCUCGCUCCGUUGCUCGGCACAGUGCUGCACUGUGACGCGGUUGGUCGCGCCGCGCUCCUCCGCGCCCAUGUGGACUGGGCCAUCGGCCAAUCAGCAGUCGACACGUGGCGCGGCAUGUGGCUGGUGGCGUGGGCGGCGGGGGUGGACGAGCCAAUAGAAGCGGAGACUGCAGCAUCACUGCGAGAGCUGCUGAGGAAGUGUGCUGGGCUGAGGGCUUCGAUACAGUCACGCGAGGACGAAGGGCUGGAAAUGCUGAAUGUGCUUAUAGAGAUUGCAGGGGCGUAUUUCAAGCAGGGGUCCAAGGAGGAGAUGGAGCAGGCUGUGUGGGAGGAGCAGGAAGGUAUUGACGGGGAGGGAAUGGCAAGAUGGGGAGGAGAGGAGGAAGGGUCUGGGGUGGUUGGUACUGGUGGGGAGGGUGUAGAAGCAGAGCAGGAGAGCAUGGAGAUGAUUGAUGGAGGGGAGCAGCGUGUGGCAGAUCCAGCAGGGGCUGUUGAGGUGGGCACAGAGGUUGAGGCUGUAGUGUAG